AUGGAGCUGACCGGUCGCCCGCGCGGAGCGCCGCCGCUGCCCGCCCUCGCCCUCGCCAUCGCCCUCGGCUUCGCCCUCGCCGCCCCCGCGGACGCCGCCAUCAAGCUCCCGAGCUACAUCAAAACCUGUUCUCGAAAUGACCCGAACUUGAAUGAGUGCGCUUUGAAGAACGGUAAAGCAGCGAUUCCAUAUCUACUUCCUGGGGACCCGAAGAUCAAGCUGCCGUCGCUGAACCCGCUGCGCGUGCAGGAGAUCCGCGUGGACCAGGAGGGCUCCGUGGGGCUCAACCUGCUGCUGCGUGACUUAGACAUCGUCGGUCUGGGGGAUGGAGACCUCCGCAGCGUAAGGUUCGACCCGAAGCAGCUCGUUCUGGACGUGCACUUGUUCGUGCCGCGGCUGCAGCUGCUGGGGAAGUACAACAUCUCGGGCCGCAUUCUCAUCAUCCCCAUCCACGGCAAGGGCGACGCCAACAUCACCCUCGACAAUGUGCCGCUCAACUACACGCUGCGCUUCGCCAUGGAGACGCGGAAGGGCAAGGAGUACCUGAAGGUGGUGGACAAGAACAUCGAAUUCGACGCGUCGCAAGCGCACUUCACCUUCGAGAACCUCUUCGACGGCGACGAGCGACUGCGGGCCAACGUGCGGCGGGUGGUGAACGAAAACUGGCGCCAGGUGAUCGAGGACAUCGGGCCGCCGGUGGUGAGCGCCAUCGGGGAGGUCGUGACGCAGCUGCUCAAGGGCUUCGUGUCUGCGGUGCCCUACGACGAGCUCUUCCCCGACACGCCCGCCUAGCGCAGCGGGGGCCAGGACGACACGGGGAACAUAUAAAAGCUUUAACGCUCGAUAAACGUACAAUCAGAUUCACACUACCUAAUUUCAAUGACAAUGUUAAGUCAUGCAUUUGAACAAUUCACCAGGGGACGUAUUUUAAAGAAUACAUGUUUCUAUAUGAGUGUAUCUACUUAAUUCAUUGAUUUGUGAAUUGUUUUGUGAAAAAUGUAAGCGAAUGAAACUUAUUUUAAUAAAUAAUGUUUGUGUAAAACUUGUUGGUUC